AUGGAUGCCUUGCUGGCUCGUUAUGGUGUUCAUCCUAGAACCGCUCUGCCAUGCCAUCCUCAAACUAAUGGUCAAGCAGAAUUGUCAAAUAUAGAAGUCAAAAGUAUCCUUGAAAAGUUAGUCAAUAGAUCAAAAGGAGAUUGGUCUAAGAAGCUCGAUGAUGCAUUAUGGGCAUACAGGACUACAUACAAGACUCCUAUUGGCAUGUCACCCUACCAGUUAGUUUUUGGAAAAUUGAAGCCGAGAUGGUCAGGGCCAUUUACGGUGGUUAAAGUAUUUCCUUAUGGGGCAGUGGAGUUGCAAGGAAAGGAUCGAGAGACUUUUAAGGUGAACGGGCAGAGAGUAAAGCCAUAUUUGGGUGGUCCUAUUGAUACAAUCGAGACCAUCAUCCAGCUACAACCUUUGUGA